GACAAAGUCACCCACUCACCCAUGUAAGUAGUAACACAUAUGGUUAUCAAACUUCCACAUACACACUCUAGUGUGUGAUAAUAACUAGUGGAUUUCAUUUUGCCCCUUCCCAUAAAAUCAACACUUUCCUUUUCUCUUUCUCUACAAUUCACAUCAAUGGCUUCACAACCAGAAGAAGAGCAUCCCAAAAAAGCUUUCGGAUGGGCUGCUAGGGACACAUCUGGAGUCCUUUCUCCUUUCAAAUUCUCUAGAAGAGAAACAGGUGAAAAAGAUGUGGCAUUCAAAGUACUAUAUUGUGGUAUAUGUCACUCAGAUCUCCACAUGGUGAAAAAUGAGUGGGGCAAUAGUAUUUACCCACUAGUUCCCGGACAUGAAGUUGCGGGUGAAGUAACUGAGGUAGGAAGCAAGGUAACAAAGUUCAAAGUUGGAGACAGGGUAGGUGUAGGGUGCAUGGUUAAUUCAUGCAAGUCAUGUCAAAGUUGUAGCGAUGAUCUCGAGAAUUAUUGUCCAAAGAUAAUUCUCACAUAUAGUGUAAAAAAUGUUGAUGGAACAAUCACAUACGGAGGCUACUCUGACAGCAUGGUUUGCGAUGAAAACUUCGUGAUCCGUAUUCCUGAUGCCUUAUCACUUGAGGCCGCUGCUCCUCUUCUUUGUGCCGGGAUCACAGUGUAUAGCCCUUUAAAAUAUUUUGGACUCGAUAAACCUGGUUUGCAUCUUGGUGUGGUUGGUCUUGGUGGAUUAGGUCAUAUGGCUGUGAAAUUCGCCAAAGCUUUUGGUGCGAAUGUAACUGUGAUAAGUACUUCUCCUAACAAAAAGAAAGAAGCUCUUGAACACUUAGGAGCUGACUCAUUCGUGGUUAGUCACGAACAAGAUCAGAUGCAGGCUUUAAUGGGGACUUUUGAUGGUAUCAUAGACAGUGUUUCAGCACAACAUUCACUAGUGCCUUUGCUUGCUCUAGUGAAGAAUCAUGGUAAACUUGUUAUGGUUGGAGCACCAGAGAAGCCUUUAGAGGUUCCAGCAUUUUCUAUUAUUGGAGGGAGAAAAACAGUUAGUGGGAGUAUGAUUGGAGGAAUAAAAGAGACACAAGAAAUGAUUGAUUUUGCUGCCAAACAUGGUGUUAAACCUGAAAUUGAGAUUAUUGCAGUAGAUUAUGUGAAUACUGCAAUGGAGCGUUUACUCAAAGCUGAUGUCAAAUAUCGAUUUGUUAUUGACAUUGGAAACACAUUGAAGGCAAGUUCUUAAGUACCUAACCUAACUAAUUAACAUAUUGAAGGCAAAGUACUUAUAGAAAAUUAAAUAUUUCUUUUACAUUAUUUUUCAUUGCUGUUUUUUUUACAUCACAUUUAUAACCUAUUACAUUUGUAUCCACUUUUUGUGUUUUUUUAAUCUCUCGAAGAGUAUGAAUGUAUCUGCUUGAGAUUUUUAUCAUCUAAUUUUGAUCAAACAGUUACCAAUAUAAUGAUUGUGCGAAUGUCAGAUUUUUUUUACUAGAGUGGAUAUGUCUUUGUGCGGGAAAUGUUGAACACUAGUAAUAUAGAAGUUUUUUUUGACUCA